AUCGCAAUAUUCACUGUGCUGUGUAUCCCAUCCACGCCAUAUUCUUGUCACCUCUGAACGACACUGUAGGCUACCUUUUGUGCACCUAGAAAGACUUCCGCCACAUUGCAUAUCGGACAUCUGUUUGCGAAAGUAACUGUUAGCUAGUUAUAGAAAGGUCGGAUAGAUAUACUUGCCAUUUGUUUACACUUUCCUCGAGUAUUCGAGCAGUGGGGUAUAGCCAUGUUGCGACUCCUAAGACACCAGGCUAGAGGGACGAGGAGCUGCCUCUGUGGCCAGAGGCGCUAUGAGCAUCACAAGCGCGUCAUGGCCAUCCGGCGUGAGGACAUCAACGUGUGGGAGAGACGGGCGCCCCUGGCUCCGCGCCACGUUAAAGAGAUCGUCCAUGCUGGCCACAAGGUCCUCGUCCAGCCUUCCAACCGAAGAGCCAUCCACGAGAAUUAUUAUGAGAAAGCGGGGGCCAUCAUUUCCGAGGACAUUUCCGAGGCCUCGUUGAUCAUUGGCGUCAAGAGUCCUCCGGAGGAGAAACUUUAUCCCAGAAAGACCUAUGCCUUCUUCUCUCACACCAUCAAAGCACAGGAAGCUAACAUGGCUCUACUGGAUGACCUGCUCAAAAAGGAAGUGCGUCUCAUCGACUAUGAGAAGAUGGUUGACGCCAAUGGCUUCCGUAUCGUGGCAUUCGGACAGUGGGCUGGCGUUGCAGGAAUGAUCAAUAUUUUGCAUGGUUUGGGACUUCGUUUUCUGGCGUUGGGACACCACACUCCUUUUAUGCACAUCGGUAUGGCCCAUAACUACAGGAAUGUCAGCCAGGCCAUCCAGGCAGUGAGGGAUUGUGGGUACGAGAUCUCCAUGGGCCUCAUGCCCAAGUCCAUCGGCCCAGUGACUUUUGUCUUCACCGGAACAGGCAAUGUCUCCAAGGGUGCACAAGAUAUCAUCAAUGAGCUUCCUGUAGAAUACGUGGAGCCUCAUGAGCUAAAAGACGUGUCUCAAACUGGAGACAUGUCCCGAGUGUACGCCACCGUUCUGAGUCGUCACCACCAUCUGAUGAGGAAGAGUGAUGGUGUUUAUGACCCCCUGGAGUACGAGUAUCACCCGGAACUGUACACAUCGCACUUUAGAACCAGUGUGGCGCCCUAUACCACGUGCCUGAUCAACGGCAUCUACUGGGACCCCCAGACACCGCGGCUCCUCAGGCGGCUGGACGCCCAGAGGCUCCUGACGCACGUCAAGCCCUCCGCCGCCGCUACGGAGGGAUGGCCAGAGCUACCACACAAGCUCCUGGCGAUCUGUGACAUAUCUGCCGACAUGGGCGGCUCUAUUGAGUUCAUGACUGAGUGCACCUCCAUCGAUAAGCCCUUCUGUAUGUACGAUGCAGACCAGCACAUAGACCACGACAGCGUGGAGGGCACAGGUAUCCUCAUGUGCUCUAUUGAUAACCUUCCUGCCCAGCUCCCCAUUGAAGCCACUGAGUAUUUCGGAGACCGCCUCUUUCCCUACAUUUGGGAGAUGCUGCCCUCCGAUGCCACCAGGCCUCUUGAAGAAGAGGACUUCUCACCUCAAGUUAGGGAUGCUGUGAUAACGUCAGAAGGAAAGCUUACCCCAAAGUUUGAAUACAUUGAAGAUCUUCGUGAACGAAGUGAGCAAGCCAAGAUCAUGAAGCGGAGUGGAAUGAAGCGAGUGCUACUACUGGGUUCAGGUUACGUGUCGGGCCCUGUCAUUGAGUACCUCACCCGGGACCCAGGGACUCAAAUCACUGUUGCAUCAGUGUUGUUGACCCAGGCAGAGGAGCUGGCAGGGAAAUACCCCAACACGAUCCCUGUCAUGCUGGAUGUCACCAGUCAGGAGGGCCAUCUGGAGUCCCUGGUCAAAGACCAUGACCUAGUCAUUAGUAUGCUGCCGUACGGCUAUCAUCCUGUGAUCGCCAAACACUGCAUCAACAAGAAGGUAAACAUGGUGACAGCCAGCUACCUGAGUCCAGCAAUGAAGGACCUCCAACAGAGUGCUGAGGAAGCUGGCAUCACCAUAGUGAAUGAGAUGGGCCUGGACCCUGGCAUCGACCACAUGCUGGCUAUGGAGUGUAUCGACCAAGCCAAGGCGGACGGCUGCACUAUUGAGUCAUACAGUUCAUUCUGUGGUGGACUCCCUGCACCAGAAUGCUCAGACAAUCCUCUGCGCUACAAAUUCAGCUGGAGUCCAUAUGGAGUCCUCCUCAAUACCAUCAGCCCUGCCAUCUUCCUCAAGGACAACGAGGUGGUGAGCAUCCCAGCGGGCGGCACUCUGAUGGAAUCCACGGCUCCCAUGGACUUCCUGCCCGGCUUCAACCUGGAGGGCUUUCCCAACCGCGACAGCACCAAAUACUCAGAACAGUACGGCAUCGAGUCAGCUCACACACUCAUCAGAGGAACACUCCGCUUCAAGGGUUUCUCCGAGGCCAUGAGUGGCUUUGUGAAGCUGGGUCUGAUCAACACUGACCCCUGCCCCAUGCUGAAGCACACCUCCGCUCCUGUCUCCUGGAAAGAGCUGCUGUGUAACCAGAUUGGCCUGCACCCCUCCGCCUCUGACAAGGCCUUCGAGGGAGCUGUUUACGACCGCAUCGGCCAAGACCCCUUCAAAAUGGAAACACUCAAAUGGUUUGGGAUGCUGAGUAAGGAGGCUGUUCCCCAUGCAGAGACUGUGCUGGCAUCACUGGCUAAGCACUUAGAGGCCAGGCUCUCCUUUGAUGAAGGCGAGCGGGACAUGAUUAUCAUGAGGAACGACGUGGGCCUGCGUCACUCUACAGGCGAGCUGGAGACCAAGCACAUCAGCCUGGUGGUCUAUGGAGACCCCAACGGCUACUCUGCCAUGGCCAAGACCGUGGGUUACCCUGCAGCUAUCGCUGCUCGCAUGGUGCUGGACGGAGAAAUCCGUACAAAGGGACUGGUGGUGCCAAUGACUAAGGACAUCUAUGGACCAGCACUGAAGAGACUGCAGGAGGAGGGCCUCAAGUUCACCUCGAAAAGCACCAUCCAAGAGUAGUAACUCAUGAGUCAUCGGCAGUGUCCCAAUAGUGUUUGUUUCCUUUCCUGGCAUCCUCCUCCAUCUGCACUGAUCCCCAAAAAAGACCCCACAUUUUUUAUUCUUCAUUUCAAUUAUUUCAGAACAGUGCAGAUAAAGGGAAGGAGAUGAAGAAAGGAAGCUAUUUUAGUCGUAACGCAACACCAUGUGAUAUACAGCCAAUCAGUGGCUGGGUAUCAGGCCACAGAGAAACGGGAUGCAUCUCAAUAGUCUCAAGUUACUUUCUUCGUUUGUCUCCUGUCCUUCAUCUGUGCUGAUCUGAGAAGGCAGGGCGGGGGAAGGCAAUAUGGUAGAAAUCUUCAGGAGGACAGGAUAUGAGAGGAAGCAAGUUGUGGCUAUUGAGAUGCACCCUGAAUUCUGGAUGCUUUUGAAACAAGCAAUCUACUUUGUCAAAUAGAACCAUUAGGUUGUAUGUGAACAGUCUUUUUAAUUAAGGCCGUACCAUUCUUUACCUGGAGAACCACAACUCCCUGAGUGUCGUUAUAACAUAACGAUCCUAUAAUCUGCACAGACCUAAGCUAAAGCGUCUCGUCUGUCCAUGACCGUAACGUAUGCUUUUCCUGAUGUUCAUCAGCUGCUGCACAGUUAUGCUGAUCUUUACAUAUUGAUUUGGUCAUCUGCUCAUUGUAGAUGACACUCAGACAAUCAAGAUGCUAGAAAUAUCAGGAGUGAACAUAUACAGUACCUGCUUAAAAAAAGACCAGUGAAUAAGUUUGCGAGUGAACAGCACUAAUAUAAUACCGUAGCCUGGACAGCUUGCUCAUAAGAACACGUAGUUGUAGGAACUCACCAAGAGCCUCUGAAUUAAAAAAAAAUGAUGUUUUACUUUUUUACUCAGUGACCUGCAUCACCCGUCAACCAUAGCUCAUACCUACCAUGUCUCAUUUUCGGGCAAUAGUUUUAAAUCAAUCUACUGUAUUUGUGUACAAUUCAUUCUAAGUAGUGUGCAGAUAUUUUAAGAACAAAAAAGAUUUAUGUUGAAUCCUAUUUAAAGAUUCCAAACACUAUUUGUUGAGUAAAAUAUCCAAGUGUAUUUAUUUUCUGGAUUGGAUAUAAAUGGUCUCCAGUGCUGCAACCUAUUGUUUCUGUGUAAUUACAAGGUUGAAAUGUAAGAUUGA